UAGUCGGCUUGAACGGGAUACAUUGUUGAUAUGCGACACCAGAGCUGACACCUUGGGUGGGACAUUGGUGGCAUUGCAUUGUUAACCUGCCGCUAGUAUUGUCUAUAUAGAAGCCUUGGAGAAAUAAAGAAAAAACCCAACCAAUUUCCUCGAUCUCAUCAUGAAGGACUUGGAGGUCAAAGACGAGCCUCCUUCUGAGAUCUCGCAGGCCUACGACUUCCUCUUCCUGUUUGAUAAAGCCUCCGGAAGUCCCCGAGUCAAUUAUUUCAUGGUCGAUCCCAAGCAUCCGUCUCAUAUCUUUCCCAAGAUGAACGUCUUCACCAUGAACGCCGUCAAAGGCAUCUGCAGCUACCGAGUUGUCGUGCUCGACAACUGCCUGUACAUCCUGGGCGGUAAAGACUGGGAGACUGGCAAACAUGUAGCUGAUGUCAGUAGGUUCGACCCCUCUACCAACGUCUGGGAAAAGUUAUGUCCCAUGAAGAGUCCUAGGUGUCGCUUCUCGGCGGAAGUGGUUGGCAGCCAUGUUUACGUUAUAGGCGGAGAGACUAAGAAAGGCCGUAUAACUGAUUCCGUGGAGCGCUACGACCCAAGCACAGACACAUGGAAUGACGUCAAGGGGCUGCCACGCCCCCGGGCUGACCACGCCUCAUGCUCCGUGGGGGACAGCUUGUAUGUCUCCGGGGGGAUAAGCAAUCUGAAGCAUCAAAGCUCAAAUGUUUUCUGGGUGUACGAUCCUCGCGGCGACGUCUGGUCUGAGGUAUCGGAGGGUCUCGCCAUGCCCAAGGAGAGAGAGAAACAUAACAUGGUGCCUGUCAAUGGUUCUGGGAUAUUCAUACUUGGAGGGCGUAGUUUCGACCACGAGACGUUCAUGGAGAAGGACGAGGGCUCCGUCUGUCACUACAGCCUGCUGCAGGACCCCGACUCGCGCCGAGGACCACCCUGGGAGCUCAGCCACGCCCCUCUCCCCCACACCAGGAGCUAUGCUGGAGCCGUGGCACUCGGUAACAACAUCUGGGUAUUUGGGGGCAUGAGCCACUCGGCAGCGAGCAACGUGGCCCGGGUUGCCGUGUACGACUCACACAAGCGGCGUUGGCAAGAGACCUUCUCUCUUCCUGCUGGCAACUUCACCAACGUGGAACUCUGUCGUCUCAGCAUCCCCGUACACAACACCAGCUUCACCUUCCUCGACAAGUACAUCUGUAACAAAUGGGUCCUGUGGUGAUGUCAUUUCCGGAAACAAUUUAUUCAUCGGCGCAUCAGUUGAAGAUGCAGACUUGAUGUCGGAUGUAUAACGUUUGACCAAACUCGUUGAAAUAUCAGCAUCCGAUGUUUCAGUGUGAUGGAGUUGGGGGAAUGUACUAUUCACCUUUUUACCACAUUUAUUAUCUGUACAUUUAUUUGGAGGCAGUGUUGCUUAAAGGUAGUCAUCGAUGUCUCAUUACAAACGCUGCUUAUCAAACAAUGAGGUUUAUAUUAUCGUGCGUUUCUUUAGCAUCAUGGGAUUUAACUGCAGAAAAGAAAUGCCAUUGAGGCGUAUCUGGGCCACUGGCUUCGUUUAAAUUAAGAAGAUAGUUGAAUUUUUACUGAUGGAGAAAAAAAUGGAACUGUUAUAAAGGAAUUAUGUGUUUGGUGUAAUAUUAUGUACAUUCUCCGAAGAUAACAAUAUAUAUAGUUUGGCAAUGGUUGAAACACGCCAUCUAGUAACCUUCUCCCGAUAAUAUAUAUAUUUUAUAUAUUUUUGAUAUAAGCAUUUACAUUAAACACGUCAGCCAAAUAGUUAUAAGUUCCCUUAUAUUUUUUCAUCAGUAUGCAUCAUAUGAAUUUUAUUAGUUUUUUUGUUAGCGGGUGACAAUUUGUGAAUAUGACCUAGAUAUUAAAGUGUUAUGACAAGAGCAAGAUUUUUUAAAAUAAACAACAACAUUAAACAAGAUAUCGAUUUAGGCAACAUACUGUGAUAAAUGUAUGCAUGGCCAACUAUAAUGCGAAUGGACAAAUCGUGGUCUUCCAUGAAUACAGGUUAUAUCAAUUACCUGUGAUAUCUGUAUGUAUACACAACAUUUUGCCGUGAUGUUUAUAUGCUCUGUAGUUGUGUAUAACCCACUUUAUCAUACCUCCAUGUCAGAAUGAUGAUUCAGAUCCUUCGCGUGAUCUUGAUAAAACACUAAUAUAUAUCCGGUUUUGGGGGGAAAUAAAUUCAUCAGCGGGUGAAUAAAUCCCAUAUACCCCGCCACGAGCAAGUCAGGCUUCACAUGGAUUUCUGUGAGGCAGAAUAUAUCCCUUAUACCCAGCUUCGAUGCAAAAAGCGGCACGCUUUUUCAAUAUUCAAUGAAAGUCAUGUGACAUAGCACAAUCGUACAGCUGUUUUCUAUCAAUUUUGAAUUUGUUUUAAUUCUUUUACAAUGUCAUGUUAAAACAUGUUGGUGAGAUAAAUACGUUGUAGCAGGUCACUCGGGCUAUAUGGAGUUUUAUGCGUCCCUCGUUAGGUUUAUACCACGAGCCCUCGUAAUCCUGCUACAGCUUAUAAUACACUACUCGUGGCUUGUCAGUAGCUGCGAAACCGUAACUAUGUACUGUUCCGCUUAUUCUAUCCGACAUCUCCAUAUCGCUUAUAAAUCCGCUUUCAAAAUCCUUCUCUGGGGCAUGUUUCUUUUAUAAAACACUAAAACCCGUUCCAUUCUCAUCACUUUCUCAGCUAGAUCCGGGGUAGAAUAGGUCUUCAGCAACCCAUGCAUGCCGUUAAAGGCGACUAUGCUUGUCGUAAGAAGCGACUAACGGGAUCGGGUGGUCAAGCUCGCUGACUUGGUUGAUGCAUGUCAUCAU